AUGGUGACGUUACGGCACAUCCUGCAGUGCAAUGUACCUGAAAAAACCUCACGUCAGUCAUCCGACCUCGCAGCAACCUACGCAGCCCUUAUCUUGGCUGACGCCGACGUCGAUCACACAGCUGAGAAGAUUCUGACCCUCACCACCGCUGCAAAUAUCGAGCUCGAGCCCAUCUGGGCGACGCUACUUGCGAAGACGCUCGAGGGCAAGAACGUGAAGGAGAUGCUGUCCGCGGUGGGCACCGCUGCAGGACCUGUCCUCAAGCCGGAUAUCGACGCCCGUGCCGCAGACGAAUCGAAUGUCGAACAGGAUCUGGAUCCGGCUGACGGUGGGGAGGGGAAUGACACGGAUUCAGACUCUGAUGGUGUGGUAAGUCCGGGUCGACGAUAUUCUGGUGUACAUCUCCUGAUGAAGGGCGUCAGUUCGGAAGCAUCUCUCUGUUCGAUUGAAAUGCUGCAUGGUAUGGAAAGGUGUACGUCAGACGAUCUCGAGUGAGCGUGUUAGUGGUGGAAGUGCCACGUCCCAGUGAAACAGCCCCGUGGGUUCUGGAUCGCACCAACUCUAGACGGAUCCCACAAUCCGAGCUACAUGGCAUUCAUCAUGACUGGUUCCAACUUGCC